AUAUACUACCAGCCAGGCCAGAGGACUGGGAGGAAGCAACUUUAAUUUUUUUACUGACUGCUUCCUGUGAUGUCUCUGCUUACUCCCAGAGCCUCUCUCGAGCCAGCAUUCUAGUUCCAGAACCCUCCUCUGUUCCAGGUCGUCCGCGCCUUCGGCCUCCGGAGCACCACGAUGAAACUGAAGCAGGGCUCGUUUCUGUGGUACCUCUAUCUGGACAAGCUAUACUGCCUGUUAUCCGUGAGGAACGUGAAGGUCUUGGUGGAGUAUUUUCACCUUCUCGACGUGCACCACAACAACACCUUGAACGAUGUGCUGUUUUACCACUUCCUUCAUCAUGUGACUAACUGGAAACGGAGGCAGAUCAUGAUUGUGUUUAACAUGCUGGACUGGAAUGCUAUGGGCGAGAUUGGUUUUGACCAGUUCUACAUGUUGGUCUGCAUACUGCUGGCACAACAGAAUCACUUAGAAGAGCAGUUUAUCUUCCGCCACUCCCGGCCUGUUUUUGAGCUGCUUGACCUGGAGGGGGAGCUGAGAAUUGGUGCAGACAACUUCCACAUGUACAACUUUCUCUUCAAUAUUAAAAAACAGGAACUCAAAGAGCUCUACCACGACUUUGACGUCACAGGUGACCGUCGUCUUAAUUACAAGGAAUUUAAGCUGUUUACUAUCUUCACCAUGGACAAAUACCAGGAGAGGCAGAAAGCAGAGAAAGAGAACGAGAAAAAGAGAAAGAAAGAGAAAAAGGCUCUGCUCAAAAAGAAAACGCAUCAGGUUAACGUGAGCUCCAAACAGUCUUCUUUUACAAAUAGAUCUGAAAGUAGAAUAUAAGUAAUUACAGCUGUUAACAUGCCUAAAAAUAAAUUUAGAAGAUCGAA